UUCCCUUGGCUGCUGCGUCUGAUUACACUCUGAUUCCCCUGCCGCCAUUGACCGGCCAGGUCUGCACUCUGCAGGCAGCAGCACCGCGCGUGGACGGCACCUCAACCACCUUGCGGAUACGAGGGUUAUGGUCAUCAUGACUACUAUAUCUCUGCCCGUCCUUGCUGCCUGCAUCUACAAUCUACACUCUUUGUCUUCAGUCUGACAUUCACUCUGAGCGAGCGAGCGGGCGGAGGAAUGGAGGAAGCCAUGGCGAUUCUGCGCGACGCUUCGCCGUGGAGCCUGCUCGCCGGCGCCGCGGCCAUGGCGGCUCUGUGGUGGGCGGUCAAGAUGCUCGAGUGGGUCUGGUGGGGCCCGAGGCGCAUCGAACGGGCCCUGAGGGCGCAGGGCCUCGGGGGCACCCACUACCGGUUCCUGAGAGGCGACAUCAGGGAAGAGCAGCGGCUCAUGAGGGCGGCCCUCUCCAAGCCCGUGCCAAUGGACCGGCCGCACGACAUAGUCCCGCGCGUCUCCCCUCUCCUCCACCGCGUCACUGCGGAGCACGGGAAGGUCUCAUUCACAUGGUUUGGGCCGUACCCAAGAAUCACAAUCAGUGAUCCUGAGCUGGUUCGGCAAGUUCUCGCAAAUAAAUUCGGCCACUUCGAUAAAACGAAGCUAGCCCGCCUUGCAAGGGUGUUUAUUGGCGGACUCGCGGUCCUUGACGGUGAAGAAUGGGCCAAACAUAGAAGGAUUAUGAAUCCAGCCUUUCAUGCAGAAAAGCUAAAGCGGAUGUUGCCGGCAUUCUCUGCAUCUUGCAGUGAACUAAUUGACAGAUGGGAUAAUUCAGUCACUGUUUCUGUUGGAGCAAUAGAGCUUGAUGUUUGGUCGGAGUUCCAAAAUUUAUCAGGGGAUGUCAUUUCAAGAGCUGCAUUCGGUGUCACCAACGAAGAAGGCAGGCGGAUUUUCCAACUUCAAGCCGAGCAAGCAGAGCGCCUUGUCCAAUCUUUCCGGACUAAUUACAUCCCGGGCUUCUCGUACGAUCCUCAUUUUCCUUAUUAUUUGGUUCCCAACAAACAAAUAUCAAUUUAUGUGGAUUCAUGUGUUCCAGAAUGUUUUCUCAAUGAAAUUUCUGUAUCCAUUUCUGAAACUAAUCAACGGAUAUUUUCACUCUUCAGUCUGUUGCCGACAGAAAACAACAGAAAGAUGAAGGCUAUAAAUACAGAGGUCAAAGGGAUUCUAAGGGGGAUAAUAGAGAAGAGGCAGAAGUACAUGAAGAAUGGAGGAACUGACAAGGACGAUCUGCUGGGCCUGCUACUAGAGUCAAACAUGGAUUACAAGGAUGCCAAUGGCAAAACAAGCAAGGGGAUGACCGUGGAAGAUGUAAUUGACGAAUGCAAGUUGUUCUACUUCGCGGGAAUGGAGACUACAGCCGUACUGCUCACAUGGACAGUGGUGCUACUAAGCAUGCAUCCGGAGUGGCAGGAUCGUGCCAGGGAGGAGGUUCUGCAAGUAUUUGGGAAGAACAAACCAGAUUUAAAUGGCCUUAGCCGCCUAAAAGUUGUUAUGAUGGUGUUCAACGAGGUCCUGCGUCUGUACCCACCGGUGAUGCUCAUUAACCGCCGGACAUACAAGAAAAUAGAGCUCGGAGGCGUCACAUACCCGCCGAACGUGAUGCUCGCGCUGCAACUCAUGUUCGUCCACCGUGACCCUGGCAUCUGGGGGGAUGACGCCGGCGAGUUCAACCCGGGGAGGUUUGCCGACGGCAUCUCCAAGGCAAGCAGGGACCCGGGGGCCUUCUUCGCCUUCAGCUCAGGGCCGAGGAACUGCAUUGGUCAGAACUUCGCGCUGCUUGAGGCCAAGGUGGCCGUCAGCAUGAUCCUGCAGCGGUUCUCUUUUGAGCUGUCGCCGGCGUACGUGCAUGCGCCCUAUGCCGUCCUUACACUGCACCCGCAGCACGGUGUUCCGGUCAGGCUGCACCGGCUCUGAAUCGGGGAUCAAAGUGUAUCUAGACCCGUCAUUUUGAUGUCAAAGAAAGUACUCCUCUGUCAAGAAAUAUAAGAGCGUUUAGAUCACUAGUUAGUGAUCUAAACGCUCUUAUAUUUCUUUACGGAGGGAGCACUACAUUGUCUGCACGCAGCUGUCAGGAUAGUGUUUUCAGACAGUCCUUUGUUCCCCUGGUUUUUAGGGCAUCUAGUUGAAUCCUGAAUCACAGCACCAAUGCGUAUAUACUUUACUUCAGUUCAAAGUAUAAAACUUGUAGCUGGGUACAACUUGAAAAAUUAUUGCAUGCUC